AUGGCAUCCGCAACUUUAAUAUCCACCAUUUCACUGCGACCACGACCUGUUCUCGGAAAACGAAAAGCAUCUCUAGUCUUGCGACUCAGUUCAAGCACAUCUCCAGCCCCAGAACGCAGUGAUGCUUAUACGCAAGGCAGCUCUGCAGAAGAUGACUCUUUCUCCCCAGUUCCAGAUGAACCUGACGAACCUGAGUCCUCUUCUGGAUUCAAGGGGAUCCACCGCUGUACAUUCUCAGGCUGCACCAAGUCCUAUACCAAGUCUUCGCGGCUAGUAGAGCAUCGACGCUCUCAUACGGGCGAACGUCCAUUCAUCUGCACUAUCUGCAACAAAUCAUACCUUCGUGAAACGCACUUGCAAGCACAUUCUAGGAGUCACCUCCCCCAAUCUUCACGUCCUUUUGCAUGUGCUUCAUGCCAGAAACGAUUUUGGACAUCUCAACACCUCCGUGUACACGAGGACACUCAUACAGGCACUCGGCCUUACGCAUGUACUGAACCAUCUUGCGAAGAAAGCUUUUCCAAACACCAUCAGCUAAGAGCUCACAUCUGCCAAGCCCAUUCGCCUCCAGGGACCAAGCCUUACCAGUGUUCUAAUGAAAGCUGCACGAAAUCCUUUUCAACAGACCAAAAGUUGCGUGCGCAUUCCAAAACACAUGAUGAUAAACGUUAUACUUGUGUUCACGCUGCAUGCUUGCCCCGUGCGAAUAGCGACCCCGUCUACUACCCGACCUGGACGUCUCUCCAGCACCACGUCCGUACCGCUCACCCACCGACGUGCCCUCAUCCAUCAUGCAUAGGCCGAACAUUCGCUUCCCACCAUGGGCUUCGCGCUCACCAGAAGCUCCACGAGCAACGAGAAGUCGAGGCCGUUCUCGAUGAAGAAUACGGCGACGCAGACGAGGUGGACGAAGAUGGUGCGACUCGAUCACGUAAACGACGUAGGGGUGGUGAGUUGGGCAGGGAUUGGAAAUGUGAUAUCUUUGGUUGCGAGAAGGAUUUCAAAUCGAAAAAGGCAUUGACAACACAUCACAAUGUUAUCCAUCUAGGCAGACGAGAUCAUGUUUGUCCACAUAGACAUUGUGACAGUGCGUUUGGCUACAAGCACCUUCUCGAACGACACUUGGCUAAACUUCACUCGAACAACAAAAACGAUCAGUCAUCGUCGGCGGAAGACAGUACAGAUCGUGACGAUGACGAGCCAGCUCCUCGGACCAUGCUGAUGGACAUCGACUCUAUCACUGGUAAAUCUUACGCAUACAGGGCACAGAGUCAGAUGGCAAGUGCAAAAGCCUUACGCUGUCCGUAUCCUAACAUGGAAGAUCUAUUAUCGACCGAGUCCACAAACGCACUUGCUAGUUCUAGCAGCCACUCCCAAAAUAUGCCAAGCUGUGAUCACGUACUCACUCGAGCAUAUGACCUCCGUCGCCAUCUGAAGGCUGAACAUGGUUUAGAGGUCGAUAAGGAGCAGGUGGACGCGUGGGUUAGAUUCAGAAAACAGGUGCAUCACCCAUCUAUAUAAUCAUCUACAGUAUUACAGUAUCCUUGUUGGCAUAUCCUGUUUAUGAUACACUCACAUCCUAUCAUUUUAUCCUUUUAUUUCUUCAUUUCCAUACACCAUUCUUUCAUCUCUACUUGACCGCUUUUCCACUACAUUACAUAAGCUCAAAACUUUCCCACACUUAUUCCAAAAACUCGUAGCACUCUGCCUUACACAAACCUCAGUCUCUUGAUUAUAAGACUGAGGUAUGUCUGGUUAUUUUACAGUUUACUUUAUAUCAUCAUACUCACUUUACACUAUUAG